ACAAAAACGAAGGGGACAGAGAAGCGCGUAUUCAGCGCUGGCCUCUGUUUUAUAAACUACGUUUACUUCAGCAACCAUCAUUGACUACUCAGAGAGAGAGAGAGAGAGAGAGAGAGGCUUAGAGAAGUGAGAGAGAGGUUUGGUUAAACAUUCGAGGAGAGAUGGACCCGAGGACACCGUUUCUUGCGAGCGGCGGCGAGGAAGAGGAGGAUUACGCGCCGGCUAGGACUUGGAGCGAUGUGAAGCGAGUUUUAUCUACAGAGUCGGGGAAGUUGUGGAUGUUUGCUAGUAUGAUUGCUUUCGACGCAAUCUGCCAGUUUGGUGUUAGCUUCAUGACCAUUGUCUUCGUCGGACACAUCGGCGAGAUCGAGCUCUCCGCCGUCUCCAUAUCGCUCUCCGUCAUUGGCAUCUUCUCCUUCGGCUUCCUGCUUGGCAUGAGUAGUGCACUUGAAACCCUCUGUAGCCAAGCAUUUGGAGCUGGUGAAGUCAGUAAGUUAGGGGUGUACAUGCAGAGAGCCUGGAUUAUCUCAUUAGUUUCCUGCCUAGUCUUCCUCCCUAUAUACAUCUUUGCCACACCGGUUCUGAGACUUCUCGGUGAAUCAGAGAAGGUUGCGGUUUCAGCUGGAGAAUUCACCCUUCUAACCAUCCCUCAGCUCUUCUCACUGGCCUUCACUUUCCCUACUACCAAGUUCCUUAUAGCGCAGGGAAAAGUAAUGGUCAUGACGUCUAUUGGGUUCAGUGCCCUUGUCCUACAUGUCUUUAUGUUGUGGUUGUUUAUAAUCGUCUUUGGUUGGGGAACAAAUGGUGCUGCCUUGGCGUUUAAUAUCACCAACUGGGGAACAGCAAUCUCUCUAAUCGUUUAUGUGGUUGGCUGGUGUAACGAAGGCUGGUCUGGUUUAUCUUGGUUGGCUUUUAAAGAUAUUUGGGCUUUUGUUAGACUCUCCAUUGAAUCCGCUGUUAUGAUUUGUCUUGAAUUAUGGUAUAUGAUGAGUAUUAUCGUCCUCUCUGGUCGCCUUGAUAACGACGUUAUCGCUGUUGAUUCCCUUUCCAUAUGCUUGAAUGUCAACAAUGUGGAGCUCAUGUUGUUCGUUGGAGUAAACAUUGCUAUAAGUAUGAUUGUCGGCACUGAGCUUGGCAAGGGCCGUCCACGAGCAGCGAAAUACUCUGUCUACGUCGCACUGUUCGAGUCUCUCCUCAUCGGUCUUGUCUUUAUGGUGGCGGUCAUCAUAGCCAGAGACCAUUUUGCCAUCAUGUUUACAAGCAGCCAAGUACUUCAACGCGCUGUGUCUAAGCUAGCUUAUCUUCUUGGUAUAACCAUGGUUCUCAACGGCGUGCAGCAAGUUCUUACCGGUGUGGCUAUUGGAGGUGGUUGGCAACGCACAGUGGCUUAUAUCAACUUGGCUUGUUAUUUCAUUUUUGGCAUUCCCUUUGGCUAUUUUCUUGGUUACGGAGCAAACUUGGGAGUGAUGGGGCUUUGGAGCGGAAUGAUAGCAGGAUCAGCGCUUCAAACGCUAUGCCUGAUGUUCUUGGUGUACAAGAUAGACUGGAAUAGAGAGGUGAAGGAGACCACAGAACGCUUACAGAUAUGGGGAGGGAACGGAACAAUAUCAAAGGAUGUAAUUGCGUGAUUUUGGUUUUUUAUCUUCACACCAAUUCAACUAUUGAAGCAACUAAAUAAUGAAUUCAUAACUUGUACUUCCCACAUACAUGCUUAAGACUUCGUUUUUUACUGUA